ACAGGUAGUACUCCCUGUACAUUUCUGCCUCCAGCUGGCAGUCGCCUUCUUAAAAUAACUUUACCUCAGUUUAAAAAGCGGUAACUCCUCAUCAAACUAUGCCUGCGGCAAACAAACGUUCAAGUACCCCCCCUCCCGAUGGCGGUUGGGGAUGGAUGAUUGUGAUCGGCUGCUUCCUUGUUACGAUCUGCACUCGAGCUGUGACCAGAUGUAUCUCAAUAUUUUUUGUGGAAUUCCAGACUUACUUUGCACAAGAUUAUGCCCGGACAGCUUGGAUCCAUUCCAUUGUAGACUGUGCUACUAUGUUAUGUGCUCCUCUUGGGAGUUUCAUCAGCAAUCAUGUCUCUAGCCAAGUGGGAAUCAUGCUUGGAGGACUUCUUGCAUCGGCUGGAUUUAUCCUGAGUUCCUUUGCCACCACCUUGGAGCAUCUCUACCUUUCCUUGGGCAUUCUUACAGGAUUGGGGUUUGCUCUUUCAUAUUCUCCAGCCGUAGCAAUGGUGGGGAACUAUUUUCACAAGAGGAAAGCCCUGGCCUAUGGAAUUGCCAUGUCAGGCUGCGGCAUCGGGACCUUCGUCCUGGCUCCUGUGGUCCAGCUUCUGAUUGAGCAUUUUUCCUGGCGCGGCGCCUUGCUCAUCCUGGGCGGUUUCGUUUUGAACCUCUGCGUCUGUGGCGCCUUAAUGAGGCCAAUUGCCGUCAAAGAGGACCAGAAGAACAUGCUGGAAUUCUCGGAGCGUGAGCUGGAAGCGCCGAAGCCGGACUUCAAGCAGUGGUCUUUCUGUUCGCCUAUGGUCAAGCUAUGGUCUCACAAGCGGGUGUGCCGCUGCUCGCAGCAGGAGUACAACUUCGCACUGACCCCAGAGUUUGUGGUGCUUGCGGUGUCCAUCUUGUUCAUGGCUUACGGCUGUAGCCCACUCUUUGUUUACCUGGUGCCUUACUCAUUAAGUGUCGGAGUCAGCCACCAACAGGCGGCUUUUCUCAUGUCUGUCCUUGGAGUCAUUGACAUCGUCGGCAACAUUACUUUCGGAUGGCUCACGGAUCAGAGGUGUUUGAAGAAGUACCGUUACAUUUGCUACCUCUUUGCAGUGGCAAUGGACGGCCUCUGUUGCCUCUUCCUUCCGGUUCUCCAAAGCUUUCCGCUCCUGCUGCCUUUCUCUUUCACCUUUGGCUAUUUCGACGGAGCCUACAUCACUCUACUUCCUGUGGUGACAGCAGAUGUGGUGGGGAGCGCUUCCUUAUCCUCCGCCCUCGGAAUGAUUUACUUCCUUCAUGCCGUCCCUUACCUGGUCAGCCCACCUGUUGCAGGUUGGCUUGUGGAUACAACCGGCAACUACACUGCCUCUUUCCUGCUUUGUGGGUUUUCCAUGGUACUCAGUUCCACACUGUUGUGCUGCGCACGGCUGGCUAAGAUCACACCCACCUCCCCGGGACCAGGGAGCAGAGAUACUCCGGUGAAACAAGAAAGUUGGACGAAUGGAACCAUAGUUUAUCUGGUAACUGGAGAACUGGAUCAAAGAGGCGAAGAACUCUUGGUUGGGGAGCCAAACAGCCACAGCAAAAGAUGACAGGCGUGCCAACGCCCCCACCUUUUUGCCUAAAACAGAUAUUGCAAAGUCUGCUACACAGUUGAUUUUUUUUCUCUCUCUCCAGUAGAGGGAGAGAGGAAUCACAGAAUUUUCAAUCAGAAAUGUUCUAUCUUCCUAGCAAAUAAUAAACAAAGGCUUCCGUGAUCAUGAUGAUGUUGUUAAAUGCGAUGGGAUCCCAGUACUGUAGCGUGCAGGCAAAUGAACUCAAUGUUAGAAACAACUUGUAAUCCAGGGGAAAGGAGAGAAAGACACUCAAUGUUAGAAACAACUUGUAAUCAAGGGGAAAGGAAAGAAAGACAUUGAAACAGGACGCAGAAAUGGUUCAAAUGAUGUGGCGCAGUAAACUCUCUAAUGCCGUUUUUUUAGAUCUCUCAAAAUCUGUCGAAAUGCCUCAGCAUUGUUUGCGAUGAAGAUCCAUGUUUGACAAUGUGGCUUGCCUCCUUUUUGUUGAAACACCCCCCCCCCCCACAACCCAAGCCUUUUACCUAGAUUUGGAUACGCAGAUUAAACAAGGACGAAUGGAAGGCUGAAGCAUCUCGGAGGUUUCUUUUGCAAAGCAUUUGAAAAUAAUUUUUACUAGUGCGAUAACAUUAGAAUGGAAGAUCAUUCAAGAAAUUGGUUAGCCCACGGGCGAAUUUAUGAAUCUUGAGCAGCCCUGGGAAUUCUGCUGCAAUGAUGUAUUUCUGUCCAUAAUUCGAUUUCCUGUCUUGAAGCCACAGAGUUGACUGUCUUUUUUUAUGUGGUUCAUAGAGGCAUGGAUGCUGGCUUGUGCAAUAAUGUCCAAAACACAGCUACCAUAUUACGGCUCUUGCUGGGGAAACAUAAGUUGAUAAUAAAUUUGCACCGGUUUUAUUGGCAAGAAAUGUCUGUAAUACUCACAUGUAUUUUAUAUGGUGAUUGGGAUUGACUUUUAUCUG